CCAAGUACCAAGAUGGCGUCUGGACAGCAAUGGGUGUUAGUUGAGAUGGUGCAAGCAUUUUACGAGGCACCAGCUUAUCAUUUGAUCUUAGAAGGAAUCCUCAUAUUGUGGAUAAUCAGGCUGCUGUUCUCAAAGACAUACAAGUUGCAAGAGAGGUCUGAUCUCACUGAGAAGGAAAAAGAAGAGUUAAUUGAGGAAUGGCAGCCAGAGCCUUUGGUUCCCACUGUGUCCAAAGACCACCCAUCCCUAAAUUACGAUGUUGUCUCUGGCCCUCCAAGCCACAAAAUUAUUGUAAAUGGAAAAGAGUGCAUUAACUUCGCCUCAUUUAACUUCUUGGGCCUGCUCGACAACGAGCGUGUUAAGCAAAAGGCCCUGGCAUCUCUUAAGAAGUAUGGUGUGGGUACCUGUGGCCCAAGAGGCUUCUAUGGAACUUUUGAUGUCCAUCUGGAGUUAGAAGAGCGCUUGGCUAAGUUUAUGAGGACAGAAGAGGCCAUUAUCUACUCCUAUGGUUUUGCCACUAUCGCCAGCGCCAUUCCGGCAUACUCCAAGAGAGGCGACAUUAUCUUUGUGGAUGAGGCGGCAUGUUUCUCUAUCCAGAAAGGCCUACAGGCGUCCCGCAGCCUGAUCAAGUACUUCAAACACAACGACAUGGAGGACCUGGAGAGACUGCUGAAGGAGCAGGAGCUUGAGGACCAGAAGAAUCCACGGAAGGCCAGAGUCACCAGAAAAUUCAUUGUUGUAGAGGGGCUGUACAUGAACACUUCAGAUCUCUGCCCUCUCCCAGAGCUGGUGAAGCUGAAGUAUAAAUAUAAAGUGCGCAUCUUUAUGGAGGAGAGCAUGUCGUUUGGUGUGCUGGGAGAGCAUGGACGAGGGGUCACAGAGCACUUCGGAGUCAGUAUUGAUGACAUAGAUCUCAUCAGUGCCAACAUGGAGAACGCAGUGGCUUCUAUAGGCGGAUUCUGUUGCGGACGAUCAUUUGUUAUUGAUCAUCAGCGUCUGUCUGGGCAGGGCUACUGUUUCUCAGCAUCUCUCCCACCCAUGCUGGCUGCUGCUGCUAUUGAAGCUCUCAACAUCAUGGAGGAGGAUCCAGGAAUUUUUACCAUCCUGAGGGGAAGAUGCCAACGUGUCCACAAAGCAUUGCAAGGCAUUCCAGGUUUGAAGGUGGUGGGCGAGGUAUUUGCUCCAGCACUUCAUCUCCAGCUUGAGCAGAGCACAGGAUCCAGAGAGAGUGACAUCAGGACACUGCGGGGUGUUAUCGACUACUGUUUGGAAAGACAAAUAGCUCUCACACAGGCUCGCUAUCUAGACAAAGAGGAACGCUUUCUUCCACCACCAAGUAUUAGAGUUGUAGUGACUGUUGAGCAGACAGAAGAGGACAUUGAGAAAGCAUCAUCAUGCAUACGAGAGGCGGCUAUCUCUGUACAUCAGAGAUCGCAAGAUCGCAGCUUGGUGACGGACACUGCUAGCAACAGGCAGCCUUUCAGCUGAUCUCUCAUUCUGAGGGGAAAGAAGGGGACACUCCUGAUCAGCUGUGUACAUGUCUAAUGCAACCACCACUAAAGUUGGGACCUUACCUAGGGAAGACUCAGCAUAACUUGCAUUAUCAUUAUUGCAUCUGCUUGCAUUUCACUACAGAUAUUAAUUCUAAAAUGCCAAGUCUCAGUUUCAUACUGAAAUGAACAUAGAAUUUUUCUUGUCGGUUCACAUCAUCAGACCUAUUUAUUUUCCAGCAAUGCUUUCAUUAAUGGUCACAGUGUUUGACUAAACUACAAUAAAUACUAAAAACAUUUUAUAUAUAAAGUUUUGAUAGACCUUGUAUUUGUUGUUUUCUACUUUCAACACCAAGUUGCUUUUGUCAUGUAUCUCAACACCACCAUACUCAUGAACAUGAAAAUAUACUUUUGUAGCAUUGCAAAAAUAGAUAACAACAUCUAUAAGAUGCUGUAAAUGUUAUGAUACUUAAUUUCCACAGGAAAAAAAAGUCAAAACAUUUCACCAAUGCCUUUUUGUUUGUUUGUGGGGAAUUUUUUUUAAAGAAAUUAUUCAUUAAAGAGUUGAAAAAUGGCUCAACA